GUUGAGCCAAGCGUCACUUUCUUUCCUCCCCUCUCCCCCACCCCUUCCUCCAAUUUCGCUCGCUCACUUAAUCCGACACAAAUCAUCACUCCCAUCUUCUCCCCACAUCAAUUUCCCAUGUGGGUCUUCGUUCAAAAUCUCAUCUUGUGGAGAGGGAGUUUAUAAAUAAUUUCUUGGCCAAGUCAAAGGGACUUGGACUCUGAUCCGACUUUGCUUGCCUCCCUGGUUGAUUUUGACUUCGUGGGUUGCUCGAGUAUCGAAUUCUCGUAAGAGGGUAAGAGCAUUCUUGACUCCACGAGUUAAAGAUCUGUUCUUGAGUCUCGCUUCUUUCGUCCCAACACCGGCUCUUGCUCUUUCAAGAAUCUUGUGAAGCACAGCAUUAACGUCAAUUCGUGGGUACUGGGAAAUGGAUUUUACAUCCUCGGAAUUGUGUUUUAUCUGGGUAAUUCCCGGAUCUUCUUCUUAGUUCAGUUGUAAUUGCUCCACCUUGGAUUAAGGUAUGGUCCAUCUUUGCCCAUACAGUGGCGUGAUCCUCAAAGCUGUGCAACCGGCGAAGCCUGCUUUGUUUUCUUCAUGGGUCGUCCUUUGAUUUGUCUUCCGCUUCUUGUCGAGCUGCUUCAAUUUCCUCUGUAUACAUGUUCCGAUAUGCUUUGCGAUGGGAUUAUCGUUUGUUCAUAUGAUGCGGGAGCUUGUGUCCUUAAUUCCUUAGCCUUGUCUAUGAAGUCCCAACGGUACUCUCUUAAGCCCUAGUGUUAUGGGUGCGGCUGUGAGUUGUCUCAGGAAAGGAUUUCCGAUGAAUUAAAUGUUCGUGCUCUUCAAUUGUGAUGGAAAUAGAUAUCACUCUCGACUUGUUUCGAGUGUCAUGAUGUCUAUCAAAACAAUGGACAUUAGAAGAAGGGGAUAACUCCAUGGUGAAAGGAUCUGCUCAUGAUUUUUGAAUUCUUGUGAGGCAAAUCUUGGGUUUUCUCCAUAAUAAGAAUCCUGACAUGACAUAGAGCUGAUAGAUUUUACAUUCUUCCGAGCAAUGCGAAAGUGACAUAAUUUUGGGGGUUUGAAACAUUGGAGCACGGUGAAGAGAAUAAAAAGGCCUGCAGUCAGUGGGAUGCUGACUUUGAUCCCCAAUUAGAGAUCUUGAAUCUAUCUCAGUUCUCGUAUUCCUCUUAUUGUAGGACAUCAAUUAAUAAUAGGCGUGCGACAACUCUGUUUACAUCUCGGAGGACACUGCCAGAAAAGGAUUGGCCCCUAAAUCUUGCGUUGAGACCUGCAUUAAUAUAGAGUAUUCAGAAGAAUCAUAGAAAUCCAAAUGGCCGAUGGUAGUCCAAGAACCGACAUCUCAAGUGAUGACACAGAUGAGAAGAAUCAGAGGUUCGACAGGGGUAAAUCUACAGCUAUUGUUGCCUAUGACUCCAGUGACAGAUCAAAGGACAAGACCGAUCAAAAGACUCUUCGCAGGCUUGCUCAAAACCGCGAGGCGGCAAGAAAAAGCCGAUUAAGGAAAAAAGCAUAUGUCCAACAACUGGAGAGUAGCCGCUUGAAGCUAACUCAACUAGAGCAGGAACUCCAGCGAGCAAGACAACAGGGGAUAUUCAUAUCAAGCUCAGGAGACCAAGCUCACUCAUCUGGUGGAAAUGGGGCCAUGACAUUUGAUGUAGAAUAUGCCCGGUGGUUGGAAGAGCAAAACCGGCAAAUCAAUGAGCUGAGGUCAGCGGUGACUGCCCAUGCAGGUGAUGGGGAGCUACGUAUCAUUGUUGAUGGCAUCAUGGCACACUAUGAUGAAAUCUUCAGGCUGAAGAGUAAUGCAGCCAAGAACGAUGUUUUCCAUCUCUUGUCGGGAAUGUGGAAAACACCAGCUGAGAGAUGUUUUAUGUGGCUUGGCGGAUUUCGUCCAUCAGAACUCCUCAAGCUUCUCGUGAAUCAGUUGGAGCCGCUGACAGAGCAGCAGCUGACGGGUAUCGGAAACUUGCAGCAAUCCUCCCAGCAGGCAGAAGACGCGUUGUCUCAGGGGAUGGAAGCAUUGCAGCAAUCUCUUGCCGAGACAUUGUGCAGCGGAUCUCUGGGUUCUGCGGGUUCAUCUGGCAAUGUGGCAAAUUACAUGGGUCAAAUGGCCAUGGCUAUGGGAAAGCUAGGGACACUUGAUGGGUUUAUCCGCCAGGCUGACAACCUGCGGCAACAGACUCUACAACAAAUGAAUCGCUUAUUAACGACUCGUCAGUCAGCUCGUGCACUCCUUGCAAUUCAUGAUUAUUUCUCCCGACUUCGGGCCCUUAGUUCCCUCUGGCUUGCCCGUCCAAGAGAAUGAAGAGGUCAUGGUCUAUGCAGGCUGACAUGUACAUUGGUGAUCUUUAGGAAGCUAUCAGUUUUGAAGUAGUUUCGGACCUAGAACUGGUUUAUUUCUAGUUUUCUUCAUUUUUUUUUUUUCUUUUGGCUAUAAUUAUUUUUUCUUUCUUAGACACGAAGUCACAGAGAAUUGAUUGAUGGUAUGCUAAGCUAUCAUAGGUUGGGAUUGCAUUGUUCUCAUUGAAGAUACUGCUAAUUGUGUAGGCACUCCUGUUCAUUAGUCAUCUAAUAAUUGGUGCAACCAUUAUUGCAGUUUCUGGAA